AUGGCAGAAAACUGGAUUCAGGAGAUGAAAAAGAUCCUGACUGUACUGCACUGCACCGAUAAGCAAAGAGUACUAUAUGCCAUAUUCAGAUUGACAAAGGAGGGCGAACGUUGGUGGUCUGUUGUGAGGCUCUUGGAGGAGUGGAGGCUAGCACCAGUGGCUUUGACCUGGGAAAGGUUUAAAGAGAUUUUCUUCGACCACUAUUUCCCCUCCUCGGUUAGGGAUGCCAAGAUGGAGGAGUUUCUGAAUUUAACGCAGGGUCAUUUAACGGUGCCACAGUACGCUGCCAAAUUUGUGGAACUGUCGUGUUUUGCUCCCUUCAUGAUACCCGAUGAAUUCAGGAAGGCCCAGAGAUUUGAGAGAGGGCUGAGGCAGGAACUUUAUGAGCAGGUGGCACUAUUGAAGAUACGAGAUUUUUCCGAAUUGGUGGAUAGAGCCACCAUAGCCGAAGCUAGUCGAUAG